CAGCCAGCAGCCUGGGACAUACCAGUAGCUGUCCUAACGACAGGCGGACACACACACACAGGACUGGCAGUGUGUGGCCGUGGACGUUGGUUCGCAUUGCAACGGAGUAAUUUGUGCGUAAUGGCCGGAUUUUGGAAUGUGACGCUUCUCCUCCGGUGGGGAGCAGGGACAUAGGCGGUCCUCCGGUUUCUCUGUAUUUGCAUGGGUUUGGUGGACAGUCGGACUUUGGUGAUUGCCUUUUUUCAGAAGGGCUGGUGUUCUGACCUCUUUGGUCCGUCGCUGCUGGUUGCUUGUACGUUGGCGGUCCGUAGCAGAGGUCAGCAGGCAGGGUUUGGGUCGCGAGUAUGAAUCUCGCUCAGCGGAGGAAACUGAUGAAGCACUUUGGCUCCUUGCCACCGGAGCCUGCACCACCUCUCAUGGCCGUACCUAAACCAGGCAUGGAAGAGUUGAUGAUAUGGGAGCAGCACACCAUCACACUGAACAAAGACCCCAAGAUGGGGUUUGGCUUCGCCAUCUCCGGCGGCCGGGACAAGCCCAGCCCAGAGUCCGGGGACACGGCCAUCGUGGUGUCUGACGUGCUGCCCAACGGACCGGCCAUGGGCAGGCUGUUCACCAAAGACAACAUCGUCAUGGUCAACGGGGUUUCCAUGGAAAAUGUCUUCUCCAACUUCACUAUCCAGAACCUCAGGUCAUGUGGACAGACGGCCAACGUGACGGUGAGGCGUCCCCGUAAGAUCCAGCUGCCUGCGAGCACGCGGCCGACGCGCGCCGUCUCCCACUCCAACCUGCUGGACAGCGACGCCCUGACGCGCCGGCCCCGGCGCUACUCGGACGGCAGCGACAAGGGGCGCAGCCGGCAGCGCGCCCGCAGCAACACGCCCGACCGCAACGGCCACAGCAACACGCUGCCGCUCAUGAACACCAGCUACAAGCGACUGCCCAACAACGAGGUGGCGGAGAAGCCCAUCAAGGCCACGCUGCUGAAGAAGAAGCUCAACGACGAGUACGGAUUGAAGCUGGGAAGCCAGAUCUUCAUCAAGCACAUGACCGACACGGGCUUGGCUGCCAAGGAGGGCACCUUGCAGGAAGGAGAUCUCAUCCUCAAGAUCAACGGCAUGACCACAGAGAACCUGUCCCUGCUGGAGACCAAGCACCUGGUGGAGAAGAGCCGGGGCCGGCUCACCAUGACGGUGCUCAGAGACAGCCGCAAGUUCCUGGUCAGCAUCCCCGAGGUGGUGGACAGCGCCCCCAACAGCGAGGAGGACCGUCGCCACGACAGCAGCUCCGAGCUGGAGGACAUUUCGGACCUUGACAUGGACAUGCCUUCUCCGAAAGAAAGAGUUUCCCGGCAUCCAACGAGAGAAAGAACAGCACGAAGAACACGAACCCAAGUCCUGCCUCCAGCCAAGUCCCGAGACUCCUCCCCCAUACGCUCCACCCUCAGCAGGCCUGCAGCCCGGCCCCCCUCCUCUCGCAGAGCCCUGAGUGAGUCUGAGUCGGACCACAGUCCCUCCCCUCCACCUCCCACCCGGAGAGGAGACACCAUCGAUACAAGGGAUAAAUACAAGAGUCUCUCCGGUCUGUCCAUGCUGCCCGACCCUCGCUCCUCCCCCAUGGCCCAGAAGUGGGCCCCCCCCCGCACCACCUCGGCCGCCUCCAAGCCCCGCAAGCCCGUCUCCGAGUCGGACUCGGACCAGAGCGUUUCCCCUCCCCGCCUGCGGCAGGAGAGCCCCCGGCCCAACUCCAGAUACAAGGUUCUCCCGGACAUGCCCCUCCCCGUGAUGAGGGCGUCCCCCAUCAAUGUUCGCCAGGAGCCCCUACGCCGUGUCAGCUCCCCGGUCAGAGCACCACCCCCAGACUCUGAGUCCGAGUCAGACGAAAGCACUAACUACCCGGCGAGGCAGGGCACACACUACAACCAGGACUCGCGGGAUAAAUACAGAGUCCUCCCAGAGCUAGCCAGCGCGGUGGCCCUGAAGGCGGCCCCGAAGCUGGCCCCUAAGCCCCGCUCCUGGUCCCCGCCCACCGCCAGUGCCUUCCCCACCACGCUACAAAAACCCGCGUCGGACUCUGAGUCGGACGUGAGCUACAGCUCGGUGCCCCAGAGGAGGGGGUCCUCCGAAAGUGGGGGGUCACACAUGCUCCAGGAGCGCUACAGGGUGUUACCGGAGACACAGUCGGCCCCGCUGAGACACACGGCCUCUAAAACCUCAGCAGCAAGCAGACCCACUCAGGACGAUUCCUCCGGGUCCGACCAACUCCGCCACCUCCGGAGGUCUGGCAGUUCGGAGCCAGGGAGCCAUCACGGACCCCGUCCGUCUAAAAGCGGCACUUCUAAGUCUGGGGUUUCAGGAAAGAACAAGCCUGUCUCCUCCAAGCCAGUGGAAGAACCCCUCUACUCCUUGCCCCCAGAUUCCUAUCCGACACCCAACGUAGGGUAUAGCUCCGACCUGCACACAGUGUCCUUCAUCAAAGACGGCAGCAUCGGUCUGAGGCUGGUGGGAGGCAACGACGUCGGCAUCUUUGUGGGCGGAGUCCAGCCGAGUAGCCCCGCCCAGGAACAGGGGAUGCGGGAGGGGGACCAGAUCAUGCAGGUGAAUAAGGUGGACUUCAACCACUUCACCAGGGAGGAAGCCGCCAACUACCUGCUCCACAUCAAACACGGGGAGCCGGUGGAGAUCUGCACGCAGAACAAGAUGCACCUCUACAAGAAGAUCCUCAAGUCCAGCCUGGGCGACAACUUCUACGUGCGGACCCAUUUUGACCACGAGGCGGACACCCCCGUGGGGCUGUCCUUCACCCGGGGGGAGGUGUUCAGGGUGGUGGACACCAUGCACCGCGGCAAGCUGGGCAACUGGCUGGCCAUCCGCAUGGGGAACGACCUGCAUGAGCUGGACAAAGGAACCAUCCCCCACCAGGCCAAGGCCGAGACGCUGGCCGUCAUGGAGCAGGCCCAGCGGGCCAGCGGGGAACGGCAGGCCUCUGGGCCCAGGGCCGAGUUCUGGAAGCUGAGGGGACUCCGAGGGGCCAAAAAGAACGUCCGCAGAAAUCGGGACGACCUUCUGCAACUUACCAUCCAGGGCAAAUUCCCUGCUUAUGAGAAAGUGCUUCUCAGAGAAGCUAAUUUCAAGCGACCAAUCGUCAUCCUGGGUCCUCUCAAUGAUAUCGCCAUGGAAAAGCUGGCUAAAGAAAUGCCUGAUGAAUACGAAGUGGCAGAGAUGGUUCCCCGUAGCGGUGGUGGUGACAGUGCCUCAACGGUCAUUAAACUGGACACCGUCAGGGCGAUCGCUGAGAAGGACAAGCACCCCCUGCUGGACAUCACGCCCACUGCAGUGGAGAGGCUGAACUACAUCCAGUACCACCCCAUGGUGCUCUUCCUGGACCCUCACAGCCGCAAGGACAUCAAGGCAAUGAGGCUGAAGUACAGCCCCAACUCCAACAAGAGUUCCAGACGCCUGUACACCCAGUCCCUUAAGAUUAGGAAGCACUGUAGCCAUCUGUUCUCAGCACGCGUUGACCUGCAGCCGAGCUCCAACGUUUGGUAUGAUAUCCUUAAAGACAAGAUCCGUCACCAGCAGGCUAAACCAGUCUGGGUGUCUGAGGUUACGCUGGAGAGCGGCGCGGAGCAGGACCUGGACACGCUGGACCAGAGCCACUCGGACUACCUGAGCGCCGCCAGCGACCUGGAGGACACCGACGGCGAGCCCUUCACCGACGGCGAGAUCUACACGGACAACGAGGACCUGGACGAGGCCUUCCCCGGCCAGGGGGCCGCCGCCGCCGCCGCCGCCAAGAUCCAGCGCGGCCGCGGCACCACCAGCGCCCUGGCACGCUCCUCAGAACCCGCCCACGAGUCCCUCUCGGACCUGGAGCCCGUCCCCGAAGCCGAGACCUACUCGCUCCGGGAGGUGCCGCCGCUGAUGCACGUGCCGGAGCCCCGGCACGUGCACCAUGAGGACGAGGAGGAGGAGGACGACCGUAGCUCCCCGCGGCGCGCCGAGAGCACCAGCCCCCAGGACAACCACUCCCACCGCAGCUGGUCCGGCUCGGACGCCAGCGACGCGGAGCCGGCGGGCCGCGGGACGCCGGCAGUGUCGGAGGGACCCCCGGACUUUGUGGCCCCUGAUCCCACGGGGCGGGGCGCCGGGCCGAUGGAGGACGAGGGGAGGGAGAGCGAGCCGGAGAGGGAGAGCCCCCCGCCUGCCUCGCUGUCACUCAUCGAGGAGAAGCUGCAGCAGGCUCGCCUGGCUGAGCCACAGGAGAAGAAGUCUUCGCCCGCCUUCAUCGUGCUGGCUCAUCACCAGGCGCUCCAAUAUCGGCGCACGCAGAUCCGAGGCAGCGACAGCUCGAAUGAAGAGGAGGAGGCCGAUGACGUCGAGUGGGGGCCUGCGACCGAACUCUAAGUUCUGGAACUCCACGGAACAUUGGGUUUUUCGAACCCAACUUUAUUGACAGGUUCCACGUUGCAGAGUCCAUUGCGCAAUUCCUACAGUUGAUUCUCACCGUGGUCAACUGGCACAUAUGGGAGGAGGAGCGUUUUCAUCUAACUGUAAAGCCAAUGACGACACUCCCUUUGAGAGAUCAAUUUAUUCAGUUUAGAAGAUGGUGGGCGGCCAUGUUCAUGGUGCAUAUCCAGGGUAUGAUUAAUUGGACGAUGGUGUAUUGAUUGCCCUUUUUUUUUCAUAUCCAAAGAAAUAUUUUAUUUGAUCAAUGUAAUUAUGAAAAUGUCCUUUGUUCAGUUUUUGUAUUCAUGCCAUAAAUGCAAACAAUGGGUAUUGUUUUAGAUUGUUUUAAUAAAUUCUAGUUUUAUUAAAACUAUUGAGAUUUUUCAUUACAGCUGUAUUUUAGGAUUUGUAUUAAAUACUUGCAUAAUA